AUGGAGCCAGAGACUAUACAGGCCCAAACCCCAGUGGCUAAUGUUGCUACGCCUGACAAUGAGAUUCCGAAGCGCGACGCCGCAAAUGAUCCUGGCGCAGCGGAUGUGGAAGAGCCUCCAGCCAAGAAGGCACGAUUGGAUGAACCUUCAAAACCCGCCCAGGUAGAUAUGCGCGACAGAGGAAUUGCACCUAUCAAAGCAGAGUAUCGCAUUCAUAUCACACCCAAGCCUCGCCCUGCCGAUGAAACUAACACUGAUGAUGCCGCCGAGGGCGCUGCCCACGAUGAUCGUGACGGUGGCAAGAAGGACAAGGGAAAGAAGAAGAAGAAGGGCCAGAACACCAAUCGCACUUACGGUACAUCUAAAGAUGCGAAGGGUCUCUGCAGCACGAGAAUGUUCGCCAACGAAUUUGCCGCCGGAGAGUGCCAAUAUGGCGAGAAAUGCCGAUUUGAGCACGAUCUGCGUGUUUAUUUGAAAGACCAUAAACGCGAGGAUCUCACAACCCUGAACAACAUGUGUCCCGUCUACGAAGCGCUAGGGAAAUGCUCUUCCGGCUGGAAAUGUCGCAUGGUUGGCUCACACUCAACCGAGAGAGAGACUGAAGACGGCAAGAAAGAAUUGAUCUUGCUUGAGGACGCAGAACGUAUGGAGAAAGCUCGGCCUCGUGUGGCCCACGCCACACCCGAGGGAAUUGUCAACAUCAUUUCCAAUCAAGACAAAAUGGCACUUACGAGAAAGCGCGAGGACACCCCCCGGGCUGAUGCCUACACCACAUGGUCCGUUCAAGUGUCUGCCGAAUUGGAGAAGGCGAUCCACCAGCGAUCCACUAUUCGCGAGAAGGGUGAGCUUGUUGAACCGGACGAGCAGGCGAAGAUCGACCUGCAGGAGAACCGUGCUCAGUUCCUUGAGCCUCCCUUCAUGCCGUCAGAGAAGCGUCGCAUUUAUUUUGGACCGGAGACACCUGUUCUGGCACCUCUCACAACCCAAGGCAACAUGCCAUUCCGAAGACUCUGUACAGACCUGGGCGCGCAGUUUACAUACUCAGAGAUGGCUAUGAGUAUGCCUUUGAUUCAAGGCUCAAAGUCCGAAUGGACCCUGUUGAAGGCGCACGAGUCGGAAAUGACACCGCCAACCGUCAUCCCAGGCGACAAUGUUGUUCAGGGCUAUGAUAACUCCAAAGAUUUCAAGUUCGGCGCACAAAUUGCCGCCAACAAGCCAUGGCAAGCUCUCAAGGCUACUGAGGUGUUGUCGAAGUUUACACCCAACCUGCGCGUUAUUGACUUGAACUGCGGCUGCCCCAUUGAGCUUGUAUUCCGUGAUGGAGCUGGCUCAGCUCUUCUUGAUCAUCACUCCAAAUUAGAGAAGAUGAUUCGCGGUAUGAACACUGUCUCGCUGGAGAUUCCGAUUACCGUCAAGAUUCGCAUGGGAACCAAGGAUAACCAACCUACCGCCCAGAAGCUGGUUGAGCGUAUGGUUCUUGGUGGAUAUGAAUCUAGUGUUCUGGACCUGGGCCCCCCAGGCGCCGCAGCCAUCACCCUGCAUGGACGUAGUAGACAGCAGCGCUACACUCGACAAGCAGACUGGGGAUACAUCUCAGACUGUGCAGCCCUCAUAAAGCGCCUAAACAAGAAGCAGGAUGCACUGACCGACACCAUUCGUGAACCGGAUGCCCGCCACAUGCCCAAUGGCGGCAAGACUUAUUUCGUUGGAAACGGCGACUGCUACUCGCAUACCGACUACGAUGACCACGUCAACAAUGCUGGUGUGGACUCUGUGAUGGUGGCUCGUGGAGCUUUGAUCAAGCCAUGGAUCUUUGAGGAAAUUCAAACCGGCCAGUAUUUGGAUAAGUCCGCGACUGAGCGUCUGGCCUAUAUUGAAAAGUUCGCCAAGUACGGUCUUCAGGCCUGGGGCUCUGAUGAGCAUGGUGUUGGAACAACCCGCCGCUUCAUGCUAGAGUGGCUCAGCUUUGCCUAUCGCUAUGUCCCAAUUGGACUGUUGGAGCACCUCCCUCCUAACAUUCAGGACAGACCUCCUGCUUGGCGCGGCCGCAAUGAGUUGGAGACGCUAAUGGGCAGUGGAAACUACAAGGACUGGAUCAAGAUCACUGAAAUGUUCCUGGGUCCUGCACCCGACACUUUCAAGUUCGAGCCCAAGCACAAGUCGAACUCCUACGAGGCUGAGGGCUAA